AUGGUGUCCCCAUCUCUUGUGAUGCAAGAUCCCACCAUGGAUUCGAACCUUUCCAUUGCCAUCGACCCGGUGGCUUUGGUGACCACUGAAUGUAUCACCGUCACCUCGUCCAUGCGCAAGCAUGCCCGCUGGGCUCACUCCUCCGUCUCCGCCAUCUUGGGCGGUAAUGGAGCCUCUCGAGUCUAUGAACGGGAUACCUCUGCUCCCCCGAGCCCUCGCAGAAGCACCCAAUCGGCCCCCAAUGAUGACGAUCAUGCGUUGGCCAAUCGGUGGGGCCUUCGAGGCAAGAAAGGGAAGAGCAUGCAGGAUAACCCGUUAAUAUCAGCAUUCACCCGGUUACGGAGCGAUCUGAAAGGAUGCAAAGAUAUCCGAACCUUUGAUACCCCGGCGCUCCUUCAUCCAUUCUUACAAGUUGUCCGCUCCUCUUCGACCUCCGCCGCAAUUACCUCCCUCGCCUUGGUCGCCAUCACCAAGUUCUUCUCCUACAACAUUAUCAAUCCAGACUCCCCUCGACUCUCCAUGGCGAUGCAACUACUGUCCGCCGCGAUUACACACUGUCGAUUUGAAGCGAGCGACUCCUCAGCGGACGAGAUUGUCCUCUUGCGGAUCCUCAAGUUGAUGGAAGGCGUGCUUUCCCGACCUGAGGGCGAGCUUUUGGGCGACGAAAGUGUCUGUGAGAUGAUGGAGACCGGAUUGAGUAUGUGCUGUCAAGGUCGUUUGUCAGAGGUGCUUCGGAGAUCUGCUGAAAUGGCAAUGGUGAAAAUGUGCCAAGUGAUCUUCAUGCGGCUGUCGCAUCUUGAUCAAGGUAUGCCCGCAGGACCGGACCCAUUUGCGGGCGAAGACACCAAAACGGACCCACUAUCUCGCCUCAAGAUGGACCCAUCUGUCAAUGGGGAUACUGUCACAUCCCAGCACCUAUCCGCCAUCAGCGCAGACACAGCGGCAGUCGACAGACCCAGCACAAGUCGCGAAGGAUCGCCAGAGCAGGGAAGCAACAACGGGGCUGCGGCUGCACCACCAAGCCCGCAUGAUGAUCCCGAAGUCGAAGUUCAACCGUACUCCCUGCCUUCAAUAAGAGAACUGUUCCGUGUGCUGAUUGAUCUGUUGGAUCCCCACAACCGGCAACACACUGAUGCAAUGAGAGUGAUGGCGCUUCGAAUUAUUGAUGUUGCCUUGGAGGUAGCCGGGCCCUCAAUUGCUCGGCACCCCAGUCUGGCCGUUUUGGCCAGAGAUGAUCUGUGUCGAUACCUCUUCCAAUUGGUCAGGUCUGAACAGAUCGCCAUUCUCACAAGUUCCUUGCGCGUUGCUGGUACAUUGCUGUCUACCUGCAGACCCGUAUUGAAACUACAGCAAGAGCUUUACAUUUCAUACCUUGUGGCAUGUCUUCACCCUCGUGUGGAGAUCCCUCGCGAACCUGGGAUUGACCCCUCCCUGUAUGAAGGUAUUCCGCAAUCACCAAAACUCGUCAAGCAACCGGCAUCACAGGCGAACAGUGGCAGAUCUACACCCGUUCCCGUCAGGGACCGACAAAAGCUGGGACUGGAAGGUGGCUCCAGAAGGCCUGAAGCCCGAGAAGCCAUGGUAGAAAGUAUUGGCGUUUUGUCUCGGAUACCUAGCUUCAUGGUUGAAUUGUUUGUCAACUACGACUGCGAAGUGGACCGAGCCGAUUUGUGCGAGGACAUGAUCGGAUUACUUUCUCGGAAUGCUUUCCCAGACUCUGCAACUUGGAGCACCACAAACGUACCUCCGCUGUGCCUGGAUGCUCUCUUGGGCUAUGUGCAGUUCAUUCACGACCGAUUAGAUGAAGAACCAGUCCAAGGGGACUACCCACCGAAAGAGCGCCUGAAGAGUCAACGCCAGACCAAGAAGGUCAUUAUCAAGGGCGCCCAAAUUUUCAAUGAAGAACCCAAGAAGGGAAUUGCCUUCCUUGCCAGUCAUGGUGUUAUCAAGGACCCCAAGAACCCAAUAUUGGUCGCGCGCUUCCUGAAGGGAACCUCACGGUUGUCCAAGAAGGUCCUCGGAGAGUACAUCUCCAAGCGUGACAACGAGGAGAUUUUGGGUGCUUUCGUGGAUCUUCUUGACUUUGCGGGACGCAAUGCGGUAGAGGCACUUCGGGAGCUUCUCAGUUCGUUCCGUCUUCCCGGCGAGUCGCCACUUAUCGAACGAAUCGUCACGAUUUUUGCAGAGCACUACAUGGAAAAAGUGAAACCCGAUGGUAUUGCCGAUAAGGAUGCACUUUACAUCUUGACCUACGCCAUCAUCAUGCUGAACACAGAUCUCUACAACCCUAAUGUCAAGUCACAAAACCGCAUGACCUUCACCAGUUUCGCCAGGAACCUACGAGGUGUUAACGGCGGUGGAGAUUUUACAGAGGAAUUCUUACAGGAGAUCUAUGAUUCCAUCAAGAAUAACGAGAUUAUCCUGCCCGACGAGCACGAAAACAAGCAUGCGUUUGAUUAUGCUUGGAAGGAAUUGUUGCUGAAAUCAUCAUCUACCGGCGAGACGAUAACUGGCGAGACCAACGUGUUCGACGCCGAAAUGUUCGAAGCUACGUGGAAACCAGUGAUUGCGACUCUUUCAUAUGUGUUCAUGUCUGCCUCGGACGAUGCCGUGUAUUCACGCGUUGUCAAUGGGUUCGAUCAGUGUGCCCAGAUCGCUGCUCGAUAUGGUCUCACUGAGGCCUUCGACCGCAUUGUGUUCUCACUCGCAUCGAUCAGCACUCUGGCAACUGCUAAGCCUCCAAGCACAGCCCUCAACACCGAGGUCCAGGUAGGCCAAAAGAGUGUGAUGGUCAGCGAGCUUGCCGUCAAGUUUGGCAGGGAUUUCAGAGCUCAAUUGGCAACAGUGGUACUUUUCCGAGUCCUGUCGGGCAACGAGGUUGCUGUCAAAGAAGGAUGGGAACAAGUUAUUCGCAUCUUGAGCAAUUUGUUUAUCAACUCACUCACCCCGCCCUUCGAUGCUGAACUCACAUCCGAACUUGACAUUUCACCAAUCCCCUUGCAGCCUCCAUCACAGGUGGUUGACCGGGAUGGACGCAGCCACGAUUCGGGACUUCUCUCGGCAUUCACAUCUUAUCUUUCAAGCUAUGCAGCAGAUGACCCUCCAGAGCCUUCAGACGAAGAACUUGACAACACGCUGUGCACUGUGGAUUGUGUGACGGCGUGCUCGAUACCCGAAAUUCUCUCGAAUCUCAAAUCUCUCCCUCUUUCUUCAUUGGAGGUACUUAUGGAGGCUUUGCUAUCUCAGCUACCAGAGGAAAAUGCACCGGCAGUUAUUGUCGUGAAGCCGGAACGCCCAUCGCCUACAUCAAGAAUGUUAAGCAACAGAGCGGACCCUAACUCGCCUAAAUAUGACCCCUCGAUGAUCUUUGCCUUGGAGUUAGCCACCGUGCUCGCUCUUCGUGAUGACAAGACUCUGGAGGUUCUUGGUGAAAACCUAGCCACGACCCUCCAAACACUGGUGCGCGAUGCAAAGAACCUUCACCCACUAACGGUGUCCCGCGUUGUUUCUUAUCUUCUCAACCUUCUGCGACUGAGCCAUGAUCAACAUUUCAUGCGAGUCCCUGUCGUGCUUCAUGCCAUCUCUGGAUUCGACCAGGAUAUCCUCGAGACUGUUGCGACUCCAACCGUGAAGGGUCUAACAAGGUGUAUUAGCCACACCGGUCUCCUCCGAAAUGAAAUCACAAUCUCCCCCGACUUCUGGUCAAUCCUGCAACGCCUCCACCAGCAUGAGGCGGUCGCCCCUCUCGUUUUUGAUCUUCUCCAAAGCAUUAUUGAGUCAAUGCCUGACAUUGUCACUGCUGACAACUACGAGUUCGUAGUCAGCCUGGCAAACGACUUUGUCAGUGCUGGCCGUGUGGGAUCCAUCGAGGAGCGACACAGAGAUGCCCAAGCACGCCGCAACAAGGGCACGAAAUCCAAGUCAAGUGAAAACCAAGUUGUUACCCGGGGUGUUAGGGCAAUCGGCCUGAUCUACCACUUGACCGGCCGGGUACCAGCCCUGAUCAAGCAAUCCCAUCUCGAGGAAACGGAAGCUUGGGCUGCCUACUGGUCUCCCAUUUUCCAGUCACUAACCAGCCAAUGUAUCAACCCAUGUCGCGAUAUCCGUCACCAUGCUAUCUCCACGCUACAGAGGUCUCUUCUAUCAGCCGAGCUGAUUUCGAGCGAUGACAAUGAGUGGGCUGGUAUCUUCGAUGAAGUUUUGUUCCCGUUGGUGUUGCUUCUCCUGAAGCCAGAGGUCUACCACUCUGAUCCCGUCGGCAUGAGUGAGACCCGAUUCCAGGCUGCAACUCUAGUCUGCAAGAUCUUCCUACGCUUCCUUGAUCAACUUCCCAACAGGACAGGCAUGCUUCCUCUCUGGCUCAAGAUUCUGGACAUCCUCGAUCGCAUGAUGAACAGUGGUCAAGGCGAUAGUCUAGAAGAAGCAGUUCCCGAAAGCUUGAAAAAUAUCCUCCUUGUCAUGGCCGAUGGAGGCUACCUAGUCUCGCCAUCGCAAGACCCAAGCAAGGAGGAAAUCUGGGUGGAGACCCGUAAGCGCCUAGGCCGCUUCCUGCCAGACCUUUUCGUUGAGGUGUUCCCUGAAGCUUCGUUGGAAGCUGAAAAGUCUCGACCGGGCUCUGUCGUCGCUUCUCCAGUCCAGCCAAAAGAGACAGAAAAGAAAUCCGAGGAUACACCCCCUCAAGAAACGGGAGAAGAAAAGGAUACUGCUCCCGCAGAGGACCAGGCUGCUUCCGAGGAAAUUCAGGGGAAUACUCCAUGA